GCACCCCCAAACACGGGUUUAUCUGCAGCUUUAUCUGUCCUGAGCCCGAGCAUCUCCUCUCAGUCACCAUAUACAAUGUAAAAGUCUGCCUAAUCAAUUCUGGGGCUGUGUAGAACCAACUUGCAUUGCACUGCACACAUCCUGAAUACUAUGGACAGCACUACAUAUGGAGAAUAAAGUAAUGCAUGUAUUGCAAUGAAUGUAAUGAUCAUUCACUAGGAGUUUUAAUUGAAGUGGUUAAUAGAGUGGAUGUGUGAGAAUGAGAAUAGUUGAGUAUGUGGGACAAAAGGACACAGAAAGGCCGAUUGAUAGAGAAAGGCCGAUUGAUAGUGAGGGAUUCCUCUGGGUGCAGUGUGCUACUCGGCAUUCUGCCAAUUGAGGGGGUUAAACAGAACAUGACACAUGAUUACAGGUUGAAGUCCUGUGACUAGUUCAAGCCAGUGUUAGAGAUCUACUUUGGAAAAGGCUGACAGUUGAGAACAACAUUGUAGAGGCAAAUCUUUUUUUUUUUAUAUGAGUAUAGUUUAUAUCACUGAUUUGCAUUGACGUAAAGCAACACAUUAUAAAUCCUCAGUAAUCAAAGAAUAUUGUCAGAGUUACAUUGAUAUUGUCAUAACAGACAGUAACUCGGCCCAUCUUUCACGUCAUAAUGAGAUAAAGAGUACUGCUCCUCUCUGUGUCCAUAGGGGUUGCAUGCAUAACAACACAUAUGAGUUCAGUCUUUCUAUUGGCAGCAGUUGUGAGUUCAGGCUGGUUUCCGUUAUGGGGCCUCACUUGCUCUAUGGUGUUAUGAAUACUGGGAUUGUUCUCUGGCGUCUGUCAGCACUUGAAGAAUGUUGAGAAAGGAAGACCAGACCUUUUUUUUUCCCCCCACUGGAGAGAUGAGAUGGGCCAAAUGGGACUCUGGAAAGGCUAACCAGGCGCCGGCAGACCCAUAUGUUUAGCCCAGGUCUUAUAUUUGUCUGAAGCAAUCCACUACUGGUUGUAGCAGAAUGUCAAUAAACCAUUUAUCUGGCCUUCCUGUCCUCAACCAACAUCUAACAUUAACAACAUCAUCAGUUAUGAAUCCCACUGAAAAUGAUGAUUCCUGUUCAAUAUGAAUUUCCUGAGUUGACACAUGAUCAAAAGUAAUAUGUCUAUAAAAACCUCAUGUAUUUGAAUGUAUCUUUUCUAAAAAAUAUCCCCCUUAAACCUUUCAGCUGUGUCCUUCUCUACAUGGCCCCUGGGCAAUAUGAAGCUCAUAGUUAGGGUUAAGGGUUAGGAUGAUGAACCCUGGCAUGGGCACUGGGCAGAGAGAGGUCAGGGUGUUAGAAGGGUUAAGUAUUUUUGUUUUGAUUUGUUGUAUUGUGUGGUGGCCCCUCCCAGCCCCCUCCCCCGGGGUCCGUGGCCCUGGGGCCGUUAUAAAUAGUCCCGUGGGCUCCCCCUGCUCUGACAGUGAGGCUAAAUGUCUGCAGGACAUGCUCAACCUUUGUCUAUCAAUGUUCCUCUACUAACCACCAGUAGGGUUGGCAUAUAGAGACCAACGCUCUGCUCCACACAGACAGGACACAGGUCUCUAUGACUAGACUAGACAGAUAGCGACGGUGUAGGUCAUUGGAAGUCAGUUAGUUAGUGACUCCUAGAGAGUUGCAUGUGGAACUGUUGUUUAAGUGCGGAAGCAUCUUUAGGUUUAGAGAGGCACUUUAUGCUUUUAAGUUUGCUGUCUUGUUUUUUGUUUAUACUACCGUGAAGGCAUCACUGAGAUAGUCAUUAUUGAUACGGUAAACAGAGCUUGGUGACUCAAAAGGAGAAUACACAUUUUCUCCUGUUUUCGCUCCUCUUUUCAUCCCUCCAUUGCUUUGGGGUAGCCUCUUGACUUUUUGGCCACAAUGUGGGAGUUCCGGUCCAUGUCGUUCUGGCGGGCAGUGUUUGCCGAGUUCUAUGGCACCAUGUUCUUUGUGUUCUUUGGUCUGGGGGCGGCUUUGCGCUGGACCACCGGGCCCCACAACGUUCUCCAUGUGGCCUUUUGCUUCGGCCUGGCCGCUGCCACCCUCAUCCAGUCCAUCGGUCACAUCAGCGGGGGACACAUCAACCCGGCCGUCACCUUCGCCUACCUGAUUGGCUCCCAGAUGUCCCUGUUCCGCGCCUUUUUCUACAUUGUGGCCCAGUGUCUGGGGGCGCUGGCCGGGGCCGCCGUGCUCUAUGGGGUCACCCCCAACAACAUGAGGGGAAACCUGGCACUCAACACGCUGCAGCCAGGUAUCAGCCUGGGCAUGGCCACCACCAUGGAGGUGUUCCUCACUCUGCAGCUGGUUGUCUGCAUCUUCGCUGUGACAGAUGAGAGGCGUAAUGGACGCCUGGGCUCUGCCGCCCUAGCCAUCGGCUUCUCUGUCCUCAUAGGACACCUGCUGGGGAUGUACUACACUGGUACUGGAAUGAACCCUGCCAGGUCCUUCGCCCCCGCUGUCCUGGUCAGAAACUUUGUCAACCACUGGGUGUACUGGGUGGGUCCGAUGAUUGGUGGUGCUAUGGGAGCUAUUAUCUAUGAUUUCAUGCUGUUUCCCCGCAUGCGCGGUCUCUCUGAGAGGAUGGCCAUACUGAAGGGCACCAGGCCCCCAGAGGCUGAGAGCCAGCAGGACACCCGAGGAGAGGCCAUCGAGCUCAAGACUCAGGCCCUAUAAGCCUGGGUGAAGAAGGUUGGCUUUUUGAACCCCCUAUCCCCCUAUUCUGUACCCAAACCCCCUCCGAACCCUCAACCCCACCCAACACACACGCACACACAUACCUCUUCCCCCCCUUCCCAUUUAACCCACCCACACACAUAGUACAUAUGGACCAUAGACACAAACCCUCCUCACCCUCACAACAAUUCCACCUUCCUCACCAUCCUCAUUCUCACUCUGCUGAUCCAGAAACAGCCCUAACCACCCUCCAACACUCCACCACUGACCCUCACCCAUACCUCCCCCCUUGGACUGCAGGAUAAAGACGUAGGGUAAGAAGAGGACUUAGCCACUGAAGAAAGCACCCUGCUGUGGCCUGUGGUGUAGGGAAUGGGUCACUCCUGGCUGACCAGGUGGCUAUAACUGCUCAGGACAGGGGCAUCUCUCUCUCUCUCUCUCGCUCGUUUGUAGUCUGCUAGGAGUGAAGCUACAGUAGAGCAGUGGACUUCUGCAUGCUUUUUCAUUUUUUUCAUCCAGUUUGAAUCUCUCCCUUGUGCUUUUUUUGUUUUUGUUUCAUGAAACUUCGGGAACCUGACAUGUAUGUUAUAUUAUACCUUUAAAGAAUUUAUGAGGAUUUUAUUCAACUCAAAUUCCAUUUUCAAGUCUUGCGUGUGUUGUGUGUGCGUGUUGUGUGCCUGUUUUAGCAAACCAUUUUUAUUCUGGCCUUUUUUCAUUACCACAAUUCCCUUGUUCGUUAUCAUGCUUUGUUGUCUUUAUUCAUCAUGCUGUAUCCUAUUCUAAGGGAAAGAAGCAUCCUUUGCCCCCCCCCUUCUCCUUCAUUGAUUUUGCUACAGUAAAGUUCUGAUUCACUAGUAGUUUUACAGACAUGUUUAGAGUGCUCCCCUUUUAUCGCAAAGCCCUUAAAUUUUUGCGUUGAAGUUAAAUUGUUCUGAGUCUGUGUCUCUUCAAGGGAAGCACAAACACAGUCAGAUUUAUAUCAGAAUAAACACACAACACACAAAAUUUAACAGGUCUUUUGUUAACUCAAUCUCCAUCUCUAUUUAAACACAUCUUGAAAAUGAAAGGGGGAUACCUAGUCAGUUGUACAACUGAAUGCAUUCAACUUAAAUGUGUCUUCCGCAUUUAACUCAAGCCCUUUGAGUCAGAGAGGUGCGGGGGGUUGCCUUAAUUGUCAUCGGCGCCCGGGGAACAGUGGAUUAACUGCCUUGCUCUAGGGCAGAACGACAGAUUUUUAACUUGUCAGCUCGAGGAUUCGAUCCAGAAACCUUUCGGUUACUGGCGCAAGUCUCCUACUGCAAAGCUACCAAAUUGUACAUUAUUAUAAAUUUUUUUACUACAAAAUUCCACUUCUUUGACCUGUUGGCUCUCCUUGACUUCGAUACAGCCAUGUUAAGUGCCUAAGAAGAUAAAAGGGUUUUUACUGUAUGCAGUUCAGUACCAGUAUUGUCUGUACCAGACUGUUACGUUUUACUCCGUUUCUGGAAUGCCUUUUUUUUCCAUUAAAGCUUGUGCCCUUAGAGCGGAUUUAUGUACAGACGUGUGACAGCUGGAUUGGCUUUCAUUUCGUGUCAUUUUAUGUAAUAACAACAGCAACAAAAAACCUGACUGGCUUUGUUCUGUGGAUCAAGCUCGUUUUCUUAGUUGAUUGUAGUUCUUUCUUAUACAUAACCUUUUAAAGAAAAAAAAAUCACCCAAAUGUGGCUGAAAACCAAAAUGAGUGCAUGAUGAUGCAGUGGCUUCUUGCUGGUGUUAAGCAGACACCUGGUGCGUUUUCUCUUCUCUCUAAGGGGAGAGGUUCUCUUUUCUCUCUAGGGGAAGCGGGAUCGAUUUAAGAUCAGGGAGUUAUUUUCAGUGUACUGGUAAGUCCAUCCACCUCUCUGAUAUCUAGUCUGUUUUGCCCUCCAAACUCAGGUUCUUAUAACCUGGUCCUAGUUCUGUUUGUGCUAUGUUGCCACCAAGUUAGCAAGACAGUACAAACAGAUCUGAAACCAGGCUAUGGUUCUUAAACCUGGGGGGUAAAAACAGAGAAGAAUCGAGAAGAUAAUCACCUAAACUGAGGCGAUUUAAUUCUUUAGCUUUGUGUUACUAGGUGUGGACGUGAGGUAAACUAAAUGUGCACCUGUAUGAUCUCUUCAUAACAUCUGCAUCAGAGGGACAUUAAACUUGGAGGUCAAACCCCCCUUUUUUGACUCCUAAGUCCUACUCUUCCCUCCAUUCCUGCUUCCUGCUUUCACACCCUACCUCCUCCCGCAGUUUACAAGGUGGCCAUUUUGUGUUCCGAUCUAAAGGUGACAGGACAGUUGAUGCUGCAGGGACUCUUGUGAUGCGAUGGAGGGGUACUGCAGUGUUGAACCAGCUCAUAGUGUUAUUACAAACCACUUCCAUUUUCACUACUUGAUAGAGCAGUAAACUGAACAAGACAUGAAGCCGAUUCUCCUUUUACAUUCACUUUCAUUUCGCUUGAUUCCUCCAGCGGUAGAUAGAAUAGAUUUCCUUCCUUAUUUUAGUUUAUGACUUAUGUUGAACAUUUUGAAAUUAAAAUAAUUAUGUUUGUAUUCCAUUGAAAAGCUUUGUGAUGUACAGUGUAAAAUGUUAUUUUUUAAUUGACCAUGAUUGUUGAAACUGGAUGGAUAGACAAUAUAAUUUCAAAUCUAUACAA